AUGCAAUCACCAUCUCCCACACCACCCGUACCACUCCCUGCUACCGCAACCCGUCAGUGGGGAUUUCCCUUGACAAAAGAUCAAGUGACAUUCAUCGAUCAUGAUAAUGUCAUCGACAAGGAAGGCUACCCCCUAUAUCCCAACCACAACACCGUAUUUGUACUUCUACCUGGCGUCAAUAUAACUAACUUCGGCACUGUAGGAUUUUCAAAGACUACCUCGUCAGAAACCUCAAAGGAUGGACGUUGGAAGAUCCAUCGCGCACACUGCCUUGGAGUGAUUCUUUGCACUCGUGAUGGUUGUGAGUACGCUGGACCGACCCCCACAGGCCAAGGGAAGAUUGAAGAGCUUCUCCGCACCCGACGAAUGCCCUGGCAGCAUCUACUGGAAGCAAUGUCACAAUACACAAACCAGGAAUUGCUUGCCGCGGAAGUUGCCAAAAAUCCAAAGGCUGGCGCUCUUCAACUCAAGGUUGGAAACCCAGACAAGUCUCAUGAGCCUGACAAUGGUAUUGCCAGUAUACAUGGCUCCUUAGCAAACUCGGACAGGCUCCGACACCUUCGACGAGAGGCCCUGCGAGAAAUGAACCUUGCCCCCAAUAAAGAUGGAGAUGGCGCAGGUGACCAAUUCAUGCACGACAUGUUCAUGUGGGAUUCGCGUGGGUUGGAAAUUAUCUCAGCAUCAUUUAGGAACGGCAAGGAGCAUUUCACUUUUCAGACUCCAUGGAUGGCGAUGCGACUUUUGGAAAAAACAGACGAUGGGGAAAACGGCCCCAGAUACUUACUUACCACCUCAAUGUACUGCCAGAAGAUCAACCGGUGGAUCCCGCAAUUCAUGCGUCCGGAUAUCUCAGUAGACGAGCGGGAAGCUCUGGCCCGGAACGUUGUCGAUUUCUCUCUGGCUCAAAUGGAAGGUUUUAUCUCGGCAUACCUUGAAGUAUUUGGCGGGACAGACCGUGUUGACGCACGCAACAAAUUGAAAGGUUGCAAGCAACACUUCCGAGCCUCUGUCACUCGCAUCAAGCGCAAUCGAGCUGUGAUCCAGGCUGACGAGGUUUCUAUUUUUGAGUCAAUGUGUGAGUCGUUACUCCUCCGUAAUGUAGAUGGUGGCCCCACCCAUGGCGAAAAGAUCGAUGCUUUACAUCGCCGGUUCCCCAAAGUGAGGAGGUGGAUUGAUUGGUGGACUACUGCGGAUGUUGAGGCAAUGCUGUUCCCAAGCCGUCGCCAAAUGUUGGAUGACAAACCCGAUUCGGAUGAUGGGAUUCCAGAUACAACAAACGCUCAAGAGAGCAUGCACAGGGUCUACUACAUGCUAAGCUCUGGGAAAAAAUCACUGAUGAUUGGGAUGAUCGAGCUCUAUGCCUUCGUCACGGCCCUUGAGAAAGACUGGGUGCAAGUCCGACGGGGCAUUCCAAUCGCUUACGGCUCCCUUCCACCCAAACAAGUCAAUGUGUCCCACUCAAUCGGAUGGAGCAAAGCAACAAAGAGACAGAAGGCCGCUUGGAAUGACGGUCGUGCCCCUGACACAACAGAACAACUUCUUUCUGACUCCGAGAAACCACCCAAACGUUCUAAACUAGGAAGGCCAAAGAACUCGCCAAACAUCAACAAGGACCCUCAGUCCACCCCUCUCUGGCUCCAAGAACCUGGCGGAAAACACACCGAUCUGUUCUUCUUACUUGUAUCUCACUUCACAAAUCGGACGACUUACAAAAUGAAGCAAAGUUCGCAAUUACGUUCAAUCUUAACUCGGGGUUCCAACAAAAUAUUUCUGGAAGUCCAAAAACUUUAUCCAGCAAAUUUUGUCGCAGGAGCCUUUGCAUCGUGCGAUCUGUUUUUGGAACUUGUCUUGGAUCCAAAGAAGAACAAAUCCAAGACUUUACCCAGGCUUUUUCGUGUCCAGGAGGACAGAGCCUUUUCUUGUCCUCUCCACCCCGAGCAACAAGAACAUCCUCGAGGGUCUCGCGAGGUCGGUGUACUCAACAUAAGAAAGUCAAUGUUUGAUUUCAAUAACAUUGACCGUGCAAAUGUGGCGGAGCUGAUUAAUCAAUGGGGUAGUAAGGGCCUUGCUGGUAUCUCUGGACUUUGUUGCAAGCAAUGCCGAAGUGAGGAAUCUCAAGGUCAACCUUCCCCUAACGGUCAGAGCUAUCUGCAGGAAGUUUCGACAAUCUCCAUUAUAAAUGGUAAACCUCCGGCACAUUUAUAUUUCUAUGUUGAUGUUGCAACAAUUUCCGACGGGGACGAACAAAACCGAUUCAUGAGCAACAUUGAUUGGCCGUUCAAAAUCAGAUUUUCCGGGGAGGAAUACACUUUGAUUUCACGUGGGUUUUGGGGGAAGUCACACUACUGGGGAAAAGUCUUGCGAUACGUCAAUGGUAUCACCGCUGUCUGGAUGCACGAUGACAGAACAAACGGUGGAAUCGCACAGUUGGUUGACCGGGUUCCUGGGAGCAUUAGCGGUGCACAACCACACACCAGCUGGAUGGUCUACUCUCGAAGAUGGACUCAGGAUGAGGAGGCCUUCAUCAGCCAAAGCAUUGUCAACAUCCAGCGCGACAACCCCACCGUGAAAGCUGACAACAUUCCUUUUGUCAAUAUGGGAGCUGUCAUCCAAGCCAGUUAUGAUUCGGCUUUACCCCAUCUUACACAGCAUCAAGCCUCCCCGUCUGAUUUGACCGAAAUUAUUGCUCAAUCCUGUGGUGAGACCAAACCCCAAGAGCCACCCGCCAAUUCCGCUGGCAAGGGCUUGAAAAUUCGCAUUCGAAGGAUAAGAUCAGAUAUGCCCACUCAGGCAAAUCCUCGUGUUUUGGACGCAAAGACCGAGAAACCCACGGCGCAGCGUGGUCGGCCAAAGCCCAGGAAACUUGCGGACAAGACGUUUAAAUCGGAGCCAUUGACUGACGAUGACUGGGCUCGCAUAUCGGCCACCUAUUGGAAUAACCGUCCGAAGGAGACUGACAGGGAAAUGUUGGCUUUGCAUUCGAAACGGGCGGCAACAUUUGGGUCAAGUGCCGUGUUGCAGGCGGGCAGGGAUCCUCAUCUCCCUGAAACUAUUCAUGACAAUUCACAAGGUACUGAAGAACAUCAACUGACCCUCCACGCUGGUGCCCAAAUGGGGAGUCAAGCACUGCGCCGGUCUUCCAGAAACCGCAAGUGA